AUGCGCGCAGAAAGCGAUGUCUUCCCGGAUGCUACAAGCUCUAGUCCUACUUCUUUUGCCACACCCGAUCUCCCUAGGACUUUCGACUUUUCCGACCCGAGUUCCUCAUCCCUGCUAAAAUGUUGCCCGACGGCUUGGAUCUUCCCCGAAGGCGGUGUUCCCUUAUCAAGCAGCCCGCCAAAUUGCUCAGACUCCUCUCCCCUUUCUGCUACAUCCGACUUCUCCGAGGGCAACGGUGACGAGAGUUCGUCUAGCACAUCUCGGUCUUCCUCAACAAGCUGCGAAUAUGGGGAUUUCAAUGAUUCCGGUACAGGUCAUCACUAUACUUCUCCAUCCUCGAACGAAUUUGGCAAGCGCCUUCAUGACCUACUACUCGUCGUUGCUCGGGAAAGCAGUUCUGUUGUCGCUGGUGGGCCCUCGCAGGUUUUUGGUCGUGCUGUUACGCUUUUGUUCUCAUCCCCUUCUCCGCCGCCCGCCGAAGAAAAAUCUCAUAGCCAACAUGGUGCGAAGGUGGCAAUCGCCACAUCUCGCUCACUGGAAACAAAUCAUAUUAGUAUUGAACCCAGGUUUCGUCCCAGCCCUUUUACGCAAAAUAAAUCGUUCUCUUUCAGCAGCACUAGCUCCCUGACAAGUAUUUCGGAUGAUUCCAGUCAAGCAAGCUCCCAUUCAGAUCUUCAAACCCCAGUAUACCCCCCACCUAGACGCAGAGUCAGCAGGCAGGCAAGUCAAGAAAACACAGGACAUCGGUCCACUCGUCCGCCCCUACUUCAGCAAAGAUACACGAGUUUCCCAAAGCUGAUCAAUCCACCAGCUCAAUAUAGAGUUAUAAAACGACCCCAAUCCUUCCUUGCUGACCAAUUGCGAAACGCUGCAGGCGAACCCGUGAAUAAAAGACUCAAAACCCAGGUGGACUCAGAUAAUGUGCAGUCUCGACAGAGAGCUUAUGCUUCCCGAUCGGCAAGUCUGAGACGGGCGGCAACUCUUCGUUCAGAUACAACAGGGAAGACUCCCACCAUGACGUAUCCUUGUGUACCAACUGUCCCUGCGACGCCGCAAGUCGACUCGGCCACUGCGUUCCGUCGCAAACGGGAAGGUUAUUGUUUCCCAGAGCGUCUGCCUCAAGGGGUUCCAAUCAUAGCUCCACCCAGUAAUCACGUGGCGAGAUUUCCAUUGAGCGCCGAGACAAUUGCUAAGAUAAGACUGGGAAAAUACCUAGCUCGGGAGGGUAUGGGGAGGGUUCGGGACGGGCUACCGACUGGAAUCUGUCAAGAUGACGGAAUGGAUGACUGCUUGAUAUCAGCUUUACCUCACGAACAGGACAACAGCGAUAGUGACGAGGAGAACGGAAAUGAGGGCGAGCGAGAGAAAGAGAGAAUUGGUCACGCUCAAUGUCGAAACCGAGCCAAGGAAUGUAACAUGGCUUCGCGCAGAGAGUGGGAAAUGAUGUUAGAUCUCGGCGAAGAUUUCAGAAAGGAAGUAUUAAUCUGGAUCUUAGAGGUUGUCACCGUUCUUCCCGAUCUGCACGACGAUGGAUCCACUACGUCCUCUGCCUCUUCAUCGCGUCACUCCUCUUUCACCAGCAGCUCCUCUCGGAACUCCUACGUUUCUUCGAACUUAUUCGAUCAGCUGAUAUCUUCUCCGGAAACUAGGUUUCACGCUGCCUGGAUGUUUUUGCGCUAUUUUUUCCUUACUAUGUCUCCGGAAUCGGCCAUUUGGCUUGAUCCUGCUAAUGGCUCCACCUCCGUUAUAGCUAUAAAAAAGAAGCGCUGUCUCGAGGAUAUCGGCCGUAUGCCCAUCAUUUGGGACAUCGCCGUCGGCUGUUUGGCGCUCAGUGUCAAGUUUCACCGUGACUUUCUGGAACCACUUUUUCCUGUUUUUGCCUUUGAAUUUUGUGAUUUGGCGCCCCACCGACUGGCAUACGAGAAUUUAGAAACUGCCCAACGAGAUAUAUUUUCUGCUUUCUCUUACUCCCUGGGUGUCACCCCUCAGCCGAUUAUGGACGAGUUAUGGAUAGCGUUGCCCUCACUUCGAUAUUUGCUAGACUUUCGAGGCGGAUGGAACUUUACUCAAAAGGAAACUUGGUGGAGGCUGUUCCAAGCUAUCCGCGGUGACCAUCAUUGA